UGUUUUUUUUUAAUUUCCAUUAAGGGACUUGAUUUACGAAUGUGUACAGUUCUCUUAUCGUUUGGUUUAUUUGCGUUUGCUGAAACAGGUCUUAGAGAACGUUUGGCCAUUUCUCUAUCAGCUUGUAUUCGCACAAGGCCUUGUCCGAAAGAUGGAGGAUGUUUGCACCGAUAUAAAUCUAAUUUAAAUCCAUUGGUGAUUUUGCCAUGUGUGAUUUUUCUUUUGAUAAAUGGCUACCAGCUUGUCUAUCUCGGCGCUCUUAUUCACAAUUAUGAUCAGUUUCAAUGGGAUACUUGGAUUAACGAAUUUAAACUGUUUGGACAUCUCCUUGGAUUAAUAAUGUUGUUGAUUUGUAUUUUGUUUGAUUAUAGUGGAAUUAUAAAGAAUGCUAAGCAAGAAAAGAUGCAAUAUAAAAAGGAGUAA